AUGUGGUUUGGCCUGGCUUUCUCGUCUCCAACGGCUGCAGCCGUUCCCGCUGCUCCCGCUGACCAAGACAACCCCGUUUUCGUUACAGCGUGCUCUAGCCAAGCAGGCUACUUUGCAGGGGAUGUGUUUCGCUGUAUACUGCAGAUGCACGCUCCGCCAUAUGCCUCGUGUGAUCGUCCCGUGGCAGUGUCCGCGUCGGUACAGCUGUGCGGAGUUCUCUCUACUUCUGCCUCUCGCAGUCCUCUGUUGGACUCUCCCAGACAAAACCGAUACCGCCACGCGGCUUUGCCGUUCUAUCGCAGUGGUGAAGGCGCAUCGCUGGGGGAUUUUGCCGGCGACCGCGGGAAAGGCUCCAGAGAGAAAUUGAGAAGCAGGGAUACCAGUAAUUCUGCAGAGGCGUCGCAGGACCAUUUGCCUGUUUGCCCGUCAAGCCAGAGCAGCACCGCGGACAAGAGGGACCCUAUUUUUCUUUCCCUCUUCUCUUCGGGGUCGAAGCUUCUGUUCCUCUCUGAUCCUCACGUUGUCGCGGACAACUUUGUUUUCAACGAACCAGGAAUCACCUCCUCCUUUGGCUACGAGUGUUGCCUUCCCUCGUUCCUCCCUCCAACCUUCAACGGGUCGACGACGAAAGUGAACUACUACCUCUGUCUGACGGCGACAAAGCGGUUGGUGCAUCAACGAGCUGCGCCAGGGGACGCGCAGCCACCUCCUGCCGCCUCCACGUCUUUUCUGCGUCUUCCAAUUCGGUUGCUGGGCUCCCCCAACCGGCACAUGCCUGUCCUCCCUACGCUUGGGCCUCCGGUCCUUCCCCCACCCGUGUCUCAGAGCGCUCCGCUGUCGAGGUCGGACUCGCGCCGAACAGGGAGCCCUGAGCUCUCGUCUUCGGGGUUUCCCCGCAGGCCGGGUCAGACCGCCUCCUCCUCCUCGUCUUCUGCUCCCUCCUUCAGAAGCCGAUUCCACCUGCCGAAUGUGCUCCGCGUGUUUGGGGGCGGCAGCAUCUCCUCCGGUUCAGCUCGCCAGUCGCCCCGCGAGCGUGCCCCCGACCCGACGGCGUCGAGCGUGACCGGCGGUGAUACCGAGCCCAUUUCGUUUCGCUACCUCACCAAGUCCUGGGAAGGUGGAGACCUGGCGGCGCAGACGAUUCGCAACGUCGAUCCCGCAGCCCUCGACGACCGGUUUCUACCCGAGUGCCUGGGGUCAGACGUGUCUUCUCUCUGGGCGGAUGAGCGACGGAGAGAGCAAGAGGCCUACUAUCGGGAAGAAGAGCCUGACAACCCGUCGGCGUUCUCGUCGCCUCGCUGUGCGCUCCAGGAGACCCUCGGUCUGUGGAACGCCAGCCGAAACACGCGGGUGUAUGGAUCAGCGUACACCGACGUCCUCUGCGCGGCGUCGUCGAGCCUUCCUCUGCGGCCAGGAGACGCGGUGGCGGGGCUGCGCGCGUUUCCCUCGUCUUCGUUCGACGGCGAAAUCGAAUACGAGGGUUGUGGAGAGCCAAAUCACGCAGAAGACAGCGUCUUGGACGCAUCGAGAGACGGCCUUUCAGCUGACUCCGGUACUCUCGAUAGCAACGAUGUGAAGACACCGCUCGUUGGGGGCAAGACCUCUCGUGGCGACGAAGACAGAAACAACCAGAGACGUGUGUCGGACUCGGCUACGCGUGAAGAAAUGGGAACGCGUAGGCACGAGGCUCCCGGUCCGGGGGUAGCUUCAUCGGUGGCGUCCCCAGAACGCUCAAGUUCAUCCCAUCCGCUGUCUCCCGGGGCUGCCGCGUUUCUUCAGGCCUUCGUGGAGGCCGGCGAGUUCCCUUCAGCGGGAACCAAGACACAUCCUGCGUCGCAAGAUGACUUAGAAGAAGGAUUCGGCGAAAGCGAGGGGUUUUUGCCCGCGACGGGCUCUCCGGCCUCGACGCCUUCUCGCGCCUUGCUGCGCACCAUAGUGGAUGGCGACGACGAUGCACCGUUUGGCAUGCCUGGCGAGGCUUCGGUGCAGCGCCGCGAGCACUUUCGCAUUUCCCGUAACGGGCAAUUUCUGUGUCUGGUUUCUCUUCCGGGGGUGCCUUUUCUGUCUUUUCGCCGCGAGAGGUCCGACUCUGCGCGUCCCAAGCCAACCGCGGAGGCGGACGCCGGCAGCUCCGCGCCCUGUAUCCCCCUGGGCGGCUCGUUCGGCGUGCGCUUGAGUUUCGAGGGCGCCACGAGUCGAACUUACGAGGUUCAUCUGUCUGUCGUCCGCGAAGAGACGCCGCUUCGUCCCCGCCCCUCCGUCUCCUCAGCCGACCAGGCGCCGUCCUCUGGGGGGGGGCUGGCGGCCCCUCGCCCUCGAGCGUUCGAGGGCGAAUGCCUUCGCCGCGAGGGAGCGCGACUGGCGCAGGUUGUGUGGGAGCAGCAGGAGGUUGUUGUGAGUGUCGAGGAGUGUUCGCUCGUUGCCCAUGUCCCUGCGAUCCACCCGCCCUCCUUCGAAACGGACACUGUUCAAGUCACCUACGCCCUCGUGUUUCAGUUCUUAUGUGUGGCGGAGGAGCAGACGGGGGUGCGUUCUGCGCCUACAGCCUCGCUGGGCAACAGUCAUGCGACGGCGGCCGGGGCUCCCGGGGGGGGUGCCGUCAAUUUGAACGCAGGUGACGGACAAGAUGCAGAGGAAGGCGAGGAGAUUCCCGCUCUGCCGCAGAAACUCUCUCGAGACAAGGUUCUAGGCCUCUCCUGGGAACUGCCGCUGAUUGUGCUCCCCCCUUCGUUCGGCGACGAAGCCUCACGAGAGGCCCCCCAAGAAGCGCUCUGGGUGGGGGGCGGGUGGGAAGCUGUAGGCGACGCGGCCGGCGCCGCUGCGUGGGAGAGAAGAGCCGAAAACGCUGCCGGCAGUUUUUUCGAUCUCGACGCAGGCAGCGGCGACCACACGGGUGGCGAAGAUGACACCCCCCACCACCUACAGCUGCUCUACAGCGCCUCCGGAAGCGCGAUGCUCGCGGGCGACGGCGCAAGGUUGCUGCAGAGGGGAGUAUGUGUUUAG